AUCAUUAAAAUAUCUAAUCAAAGUUUUGAUUGGAUUUAUCAAGAAAGGGUUUUCUCAAGUUCCAAAAAUUCUCGAUAUCGGUUUAUCUCAUUAUUUUCACAAAUUCUUUAAUCCCAUUGUUAUCGAAGUAAUCCGCUUUAAAAAAAUAUUAUGUUUUACUAAUAAUCUCACAUACAUGAAUUCAUACUAUAGAACAUGAAAAAUGAUUUGUUUCUUCUCAACGUGCGAACAAAUGUUCUGAAAACAGAUAACAAUGACUACAUUUAUUGAACAAGAGCGGCAAAAGCAAGAGGAUAUCGACGAUGAACCACAUUUUCACAAGAAGCUGACAUGUAGGAGUUUUCUGUGCAGUAAAUUAGUGAAAGGGGUGCUAGCAGCUUUAGUGGUAGCAAUUGUUUGUCCGGUGGUGGCGUAUCAUUUUGCUAUUUCUAGGCACUAUGAUGAUGGUAGUAGCCAAACGUACUCAUGUUUGGUACAACAGGAAUAUAGAAUACCAUGUGGAUACGUAGGGAUUGGCGAAGACCAAUGUACUAAAGUUGAUUGCUGUUUUAACACGACCACAGGGGAAUGUCAUCACUAUUUACCAUCGAAAUACUUUUACCAACAGUCUUCAGGUGACAUAUAUUCGACAUCGUACAGCAAGUCACCAGUAGGAUCAAAAAUCGUAGAGAACAUCCAGUUUACUGCAACAGAAAAUGGAAAGAAGCUAUUACUAGUUUUGGAGACUUCAAGCAAAACCAAUGCAAAACAGAGUUCAUCGGUCGAAGCCGACAUGAAGAACUUUAAAAUAAACUAUUCUUCACAGAGACUUACACUGGAAAUAAAUGACAGUGACAAUGACACCAUAUUUAACUCAGCCAAUUCAGCACUGAUAGCCUCGGAAAAUUAUUGGGAAUGGUCAUUUCAGCUGUCAAACGAAAAGUUAUUUGGUUUAGAUCGUAAUAUCAUUACCUUAUCUGGCAACGAGACUUUAACAAAAGUCAUUUACAAGAACCAGGUCGAUCACAACACUCAGCCAGUUAUUUGGGCAUUGAAAAAUAGUAAAUUUUAUGGAGUACUUAUCAAACAUUCUGGACCACUGGAAAUUACUGUUUUGGCAUCAAACAUUGUUAUAUUAAGAAGUUUAAUAGGAAAAAGAAUAGAAGUUGAACUAACUCUAGGUCCAACUCCAGCUGAAUUAUAUAAAAACCAGGUUCAAGAUAUGGGAUUAGCUCCAAAAUGGGCGUUGGGUACACAUAAUUGCAGAAAAGGCAGUGAAGUAGACUUGGUAAAAUUACUUCAAAUUUAUGCAUUGGAUACGUAUAGCUAUGAUGCAAACUGUAUUCACGAAAAUUUGUUUAUGUCACUACAACAAGAAAAUAGUUUUGGAGGAAAUUUGACUGACUUUAGAACGACGCUUGAAAGUUUGGUUAGCUCUAGUAAAUUUGUACUUUCACUUCCUCCACAUAUUCUAGCUUAUGACAACAAUUCUCUUUACGCAAGUGCAGUCAGUUUGGACGUACUGUACAAGGAUCGUUCUGGAAACGUAUACCUUGGAAAAUACUUGAAGCUGCCCGUAUCUUAUCCAGAUUUCACUCAUCCUUCAAUUGAAGACUUUCUAAAAGUACUUAUGCAAUGGAUAAAGGAUCAGAUUGGUCUGGAAAAAAUAAGCGGGUUUGUAUUAAACAACAACUGGCCGCAAGAUGACAGCUACAAAGCAACACUUAAUACCAGUUUUCCAUACAUGACUGAUAAGCUAAAUGAACAAAUGGUGUAUACCUUACCAUGGAAUGUCAACACUUCUUCUAACAUCUCGCAUUUUGAAGUUCACAACACGUAUGGCUCCUUACAAUACGAGUUGCUGUAUAAUUACACUACAGAGAAAGAAAAUUUGAAAGAUUUCUUUAUCGCUUCUGCCAGUAAAAAUUUUGCCGAUAACGAACCGGAGAUAUCACAUAAUUUUCAAACUUCGUGGGACAAUUUUAAAGUUUAUUUGGAGAAAACGAUGUUUAGUAGUAUUACAGGUGAUUAUAUGAUUGGAUUACCAGUUUGUGGUGAUGGAAAUUCAUACAAUAAAGAACUUCAUGAAACGCUUUGUCUCAGAUGGUACAUAGCAGCAGCGUCCAUGCCUUAUUUCCGCAUAUCUUCAGACGAUCCAUAUCGCGAUCCGAAUAGCUUAAAUACGCUUUAUACAACAAAUGCCGUCACAACGACCAUAUCAAGGAGAAAAUUAUUUCAAGAGUAUUUUUACACGAUACUCAGUAAAAAGGAACCACUUAUACGUCCAAUGUAUUACGAUUAUUAUAGUAAUAAUGCUACAUAUUCAUUAGAAAAUCAAUAUGCUAUUGGUACAGAUGUUAUAGUUGCUCAACCUCUGACAUCUGGCAAAUCAAAGCUUCAAGUAUAUCUGCCCGAAAAAAGAAAGAUAUGGUAUGAAUUAUGGGGAGGUGCUAUGUUUACUCCGGCGAAAAAAGAUAAUUAUUAUGUUACUAUUGAUAUUAUCGAAUCGGAUUGGAUUGCAUUUGUAGCUCAAGGAUCUAUAGUCGCCCUCACUGAUUCUAAUAAACUUAACUUAUACGUAGCAUUGGACUGCACGAAAGAAUGCACUGCAAAUGGCGAAUUAUACAAAGAUAACGUGUAUAUUUCGUUCACCGCCACUAAUACAAGUGUUACAGUGAAUAAUUUGCCCGACAGUUGCGAAUAUACUCUUGGAUAUCUAAAAUAUUACGGAUAUAAUGCAACCUCUGGAUAUGCAGGAAGAUAUGAAAAUAAUGACAAUUUAUGCCCAGGAGGAGGAAGUUCUACAACGAUAACUUAUAUUACUGAUUCUAAAUAGGAUAAAACAUAAUUAAGUAAAUAUAUGUGUUUAUGUAUUUUUUAUUCAAUAAAAAUAUAAAUUAUUUUUUU